AUGAAUGUGUGUAUGAUGGCUGUGGAGCUGAAGUGGUGGAGGGCCGGCUUUGUGAAAGUCACCGACGGCGCAUGGAGUCGAGCUUCGGAAGAAGACUAUCGACUCAAGGGGUGGGUUACGCCAUGUAUGCAGAUGAGCUCCUUGAUUCAUGCCGAGGCGUCAACGAUAGAAGAGGCUGUGGCCGAAGAGUCGAACAUGGCACUCAGUUCUGUCAACACCAUGUGUGUCAGAUCCACAAUUGCCAGGCUCCAAGGACUAGAUCAUCAGACUUCUGCAUUGAUCACGGGUGCCCUGCAGUGGGAUGCCAUCAACCCAGACAGACACAUCCCCAAGAAUGGCUUCGAGGUGAUGCCGAAGAGGUGUUCUGUGGAGAGCACGCCUGUAGCUAUGGUGGUUGUCGAAACCAGAAUGCUGAAGAUUCAAAUCGAUGCCUGCGGCACGGAGGAGGCGGCAUGUCGAGGCUCAGACCAGGAGUGA